CUCUCUCAUCCACCACUCAGGAAUGAAACCUUUCGAACAUAUCAUUUGGAUCUGUAUUUUUUCUUUGAAUAUUGCUUCCGUUUACAUAAAUUAGUCUCGGGAUCCAUUUUGACUCAUUUAAAAAAAAAAUAAAUUAUUUUCUGUUUAUGUUCUUCUUGUAAAAAUGCAGUCUUCGUGUUUGCAUUGCAAAUUUUAUUGAAAUCCCAGAUAACAGCUUUUGAGGUAAACAAGGGGAAAAGACAGAAGAACAUCCAAUGGUAGAAUGGCCUCUGAGAGAGAAAGAUUUGACCUUUGCGGACCUUUGCAUCUAACUUCAAUCGACUGGGAGAAUAUAAAUCAUCGAAGGACUGUGGCAGCGAGUUUGGUUCAGGGUGUCUACAUUGUUGAACGGGAUCGCCAGGAGAAACGUGAAGGUCCCGAGGCCCUUGCUCCUCCUUGGUGGGAGUUCUUUCAUUUUAAGCUGCUUCGUUGCCUCACGGAUGAUACUGAUUUUUCCAUCUUCGGUGUGAUCUACGAAUUUAAACCUCCCUCAUCUUUCUUGAAUCACUCACUGGAUGGAAGUCCAAGAUAUGUAAUUGCUUUCCGAGGAACCUUAACAAAGCCUGGAUCCUUUGCUCGGGAUAUCGAACUUGAUCUCCACUUCAUCCAGCAUGGACUUCACCGCACAUCUCGUUUCGAGAUUGCUAUGCAAGCAGUUCGGAACAUGGUGGCUGCAGUAGGAGAUUCAAAUGUUUGGUUGGCAGGCCAUUCCUUGGGGUCAGCCAUGGCAAUGCUUGCUGGAAAAUCCAUGGCCAAGACUGGCGUUUUCCUCAACUCUUUCCUCUUCAAUCCCCCUUUCUUCUCCGCCCCAAUAGAGAGAAUCAAAGAUAAGAAUGUGAAGCAUGGAUUAAGGAUAGCAAGCAGUGUUAUCACAGCAGGGCUGGCUUUUGCCAUGAAAGCUAAAAAUCAGCAGCAGAGGAAUCGAUCGGAAGACCCGUUUGCAGCUCUAUCCGGAUGGUUCCCUAGUCUAUUUGUAAACCCAGGUGAUCACAUUUGCUCUGAAUAUAUUGGAUAUUUUGAACACAGGAAGAAGAUGGAGGAGAUUGGAGCAGGAGGAAUUGAGAGGUUAGCAACCCAGCAUUCCAUUGGGGGUUUGUUGAUGAAUGCUAUGGGGAGAGAUACAGAGCCACUGCACCUCAUUCCUUCAGCAAACUUGACCAUUAAUUCCACCCCUUGUAAGGAUCUCAAAGAAGCUCAUGGAAUUCACCAAUGGUGGAGAGACGAUAUGCAGUUGCUGUGCAAGCUCUACAAGUAUAAAUGAUUUUUAUUUAUGGUGUAUAAUAUUUUCUUGUGACUGCCAUUUUUUUUUUUUUUUUAUGUGUAGUUUCUUUAUUUUAUUUUGUGUGGGUCAACCUUUGAUGUGGAAUUUCGAACUCUAUGUAUUUAUAUCUACCCAAUCAUGUGCCAAGAUCUUGCAACGGUAAUGUUAUAGAAACUUUUCCCAGAUUCACUGAA